AUGUCACGACACAACAGCGUCGAUCUAGACUCGCCCGAUCGCCCCUUCGACAACAUCAUCAACUUCCGCGAUAUCGGCAGGUCGAUAAAUCAAUUCUGUCGCAAAGAGCGUGUUCUUCCGCAGUGCAAGGGUACUGCCAACCCCGUCCAGAAAGAAACAAAGAGAGAGGAGCUAAUAAAAUCCCAGCUCGACGAUGCCUCAGAACGCGAUAAACGGCGUCUGGCCGAAGAACUCAACAUCUACACCGUCAUCGACCUCCGCUCACAAACAGAACACCAAAUGGCCACGCGCAAACGCCGCAGCGAAAUCGCCAACUCACUAGAUUCCUCCUCAUCAGACUCAUCAACAGACCUCACUGAAGCUCCCGUCCCCUCAAAUCCAGAAGAACACCUCCUCGACAUCCCGAACUCACAACGCGCCCUGAUAAGUCUAACGGGCAAAGGCUUCGAGCGUGCAUUAUUAUCAAAGCUAGACUGGUUCACUUAUAUAAAAGUAAUAACUCUUGCAACAACCGGCUACCGCAGCGACGCCAUCCGACUAAUCUGCAGCACCGUAAUGCUCCCCCGGGGCCUAACAGGCCUAGCACAAGACACGCUAGAAUCAAGCACGGCCGAGAUGCGUUCUGUUUUUGAGAUCCUGGCGCGCGAGGAGUCAUACCCGGUGCUUGUGCAUUGUACGCAGGGGAAGGAUAGGACGGGGCUGGUGGUUUUAUUGGUGCUUUUGUUGGUGGGGAUGGUGCCGACGGAUGCGAUGGUUGAUGAUUAUUCGCGCUCGGAGGGGGAGCUGGUGUCGGAGUUUGAGGAGAGGUUGGAGGAGAUUAGGGCUAUUGGACUUGAUGAGGAGUAUACGAGGUGUCCGGAUGGGUUUGUGGAAAAGACGGUGGGGUUUUUGGAGAGGUUUGGGGGUGUUAGGGGGUAUUUGGAGAGGAUUGGGAUUGGGUUGGAGUUGCAGGAGAGGAUUAGGGGGAUGUUGCUUGUUUGA